GCAGAGCCCACCUUCUCUCCUUUGCUGUCGCCUUCCAUCCUGUGGGUCUCUGGACCUCGCGUCGCCAGUCCUCGGGAAACCCAGUGCUGGGGACAUGAACGAAAUCCAUAAGAAGGCGGAGUCCUAGGAACCCUGCUGGAAGUUGCAGGGUGCAGAUCUUGAGACCCUUCGCAGAACAGCAGCCCCGACCGCCCCUGGAGUCUGAGCCCCGACCUCCCCUCGUCAAGAGUUGGAACGUCUUCCCUCCGCUGGUGGCCGGCCCGGGUUCGGGAGGUUCUGCGAGUUGGGCGCCGGGUCUGGGGGCCUGCCCCGGGGUCUGCGCAGCGACCCGCGGUGGGAGCCCAAGGCCGACCCAGUCUGCGGGCGCGGGUGCGGGGUCCGCCGGGUCCGCCGUGCGAGUGCGCGCCGGCGCCCCGGCAUGGAGUGGGAGCUCAACCUGCUGCUCUACCUGGCGCUCUUUUUCUUCCUGCUGUUUCUUCUUUUCCUCCUGCUCUUCGUGGUCAUCAAGCAGCUGAAGAACUCCGUGGCUGGCACAGCAGGGGCUCUCCAGCCCGGGCGCCCCUCGCUGCACCGGGAGCCUUGGGGCUUCUCCCGAGAGCAGGCGGUGUGAGAGGCGGGUGCGGGAUGCGGCGGGAGGCCCAGCUGCCGCAGACUGGGCAGGUUCAGAGAAGAUUACCCUGCUUACUGCAAGAUGGAGGAAGCCCCAGGAGAGAGGGCAUACAGCUUGAUUCCAUGUCUCUUAGAGAGAUUUCUGAGCUUCCCAGCAACUUGCAUUGACAUCUCACUGACAGACUGUGUCACUUCUAUCUACAAAGCUGCCUGAGAAGUUGUUUUUGUAGUUGGACCUAUAGCUGCCCCCAACAAAAAUCCAAGAAUGAAGACAAGGAAAUAGUUGGUCUGGAACACCUAGCAGUCUGCUCUGGGUAACAGUAGUCAUCAAGGAUCAUAAUGUUCAGACCAGAUGGAAGAUAACUCCUUCCCCUUCCCAGGCAUUCUAGCAACACUGCCCUGCUAUGAAAGAGACAUGCUGCAGACAUACUGGCCUGCACCGACCUUCUCAGCAAGAGUAGUUGCCCACAGCGGAAUUUCCAGAGGAGGGCUCUGGGUGUCUGCCUGCUCCUGAAUUAGAGAAUUCUUUAUAAGGUUUGAAAUGAAAUAAAGAGAGUCCUUCUUUAUGAGUUUUUACUGCUUCAUUAAUCUCCCUUCUAACUCUCACAACAGAUUUCUGAGGGAGCCUGGUUUGUAUAUUUGAUCUCCAUAUACACAUUUCAGGACCAAGGAGAGGUAAUCUAUGUCAAGAAAGUCUUCCUUUCUCCUUUUUGUGGCCACCACCAGCGUAGGAGUACCUUGGAGAAGAGUUGCUUCUUAGAGCUGCUUGCAUAGCAGCCUCCACUCAGCUCCGUACAGGGAGAAGAAACACUUCCCACACCCAGAGAGCUUCCUGUGAAUCCAGAAAUGUUCCAUGUUUUUACCACUGAGAUGGUGGCCACCAGCCACAUGUAGCACAUGUAGCUAGAGCGACUGAGGAAAUCACAGAUUUUCAUUUCAUUUUAACUAAUUUCAGUGUAAAGAUCACAUGUGGCCAGUAGCUAUUGUUUUAGAGCACACGAGACACCUCCUUUAUGUGCUGUCUUAUAGAACCAUCUGGCAACCAUUUGUGUGUGUGAUGGUCACAGCCUUCUUCAUCUCACCUGCCACUGAACUUAUCUCACAGAGGAAAAGAAAAAAUGGUGUUCCAGGAAUUAAAUUCAAGAGACUGUCUUGAAAUCUGCAGUUGCACAUGUUGCUGUAUAUGUUCAGUGUCUCCUGGGAGCAGGUCUGUGAUAGGUUUUAAGGGGAAGUGGUGGUGCUGGUCACUAACCCUUCUUGCUUUUCUAGCACAGUCACCAGUGACUUGCUGCCUGGCUGGCCAGUGCACUCUCUGUUACUUUAGAUUUGUAAAGUAAAUUUGCUCAGUGAUAGUGAUAGUUUGCAUGUGUUUUCAAAACACUUAAUGGCUUAUGUUUUGUAAAAGACCACUAAUUUUAUGUUACAGGGUUUACUUUUAACUGUAUGCAUAUUGUCCUUAUCUACUUGAAAAUAUAAGAUAAGACUAAUGCAUAAGAGUAAUUUGGGGGAUAUUUUGGAGUCACAUCUGACAGUGUUUAAAGACUACUUCUGGUUCUGUGCUGAGGGGUCACUGCUUGCAGUCCUCAGGGGACCAUAUAUGAUGCUGAGAAUUGAAUCAAGGUCAACUUCAUAUAAGGCAAGUACCCUAUACCAUUGUUCUGACCCCCAAAAUAAUUGUUUUUAUAUUAGUUCUCUUUAAGUCUUUGUGUCAAUUAGUAUUUAUCUUUUAAAAGUAUUACAUGACUUUUCCAUGCAUUUAUACUUAAAUAUGAGGGGAAUAGGAUUAGAUUCAUUUCAUGACUAGUUUUCUUUUCUUUUCUUUUUUGUUCACAGUAUACAAAAAAGUUCAUUUUUAAUGGAGUUAAGAUAUUGAUAUUAGUCCCAAAUCCACAAAAUGCUCAAGGAAAACAUAAGCAUAACUUUCCAUAAUAUUGCUUUCAGAAAUACAUGACUGGUUUUCCACAUAGAACAUUACUUCGGUCUUGUUUUUUGGCAAAUGGGCUGUUUUACACUGUUUGUGCUGUAUUAUUGAACUGUAGGAAUUCUUGAUAUAUCCUAAUUAUUCCUUUACUAGAUAUAUGUAAUGAUAUAUGUAAUGGUUUUUCUCUUGGUUUGUGGCUGUUCUAUUCCUUUUCUCUUUUCUUCUUGUUUGGGCGUGGGGGAGCACACCCUCUGGGACUCCUGGGCUAACCCGGCUACAUUUGGGGGAUCCUGCAAUAACAAGGAACAGACCAAGGAUCCUGCAUAAAGAACAUGUGACCCAAUUCUUUAAGUCAUCUCCCUGCAUUCCCUGUUCAUUUUCUGCACAGUGUCCUUUAAGGAGAAAUUCUUAAAUUUUAAAUUAAAUAUAUCUACUUUUUGUUUGUUCCUUUGUUUUCUCCAGGGGACUUUUGACUUUUCUCUAAGCCACAAAAAUGCUCUCAUGUGCUUUCUCCUAGAAAAGAAGUUUUAUACUUCUAACUUUUCUUGGUACAGUAUUCAUCCACAAUGAAUUUUUGUUGUAUGGUGGAAGAGAAGAAUUAACGCUUUCCCCGUAUAGCAGUUUCUCUCCUGCUCACUCCUGCCUGUGCAAAGCACUUUCCUUUCCCUGUUGGGUUGCUUUGGCAUCUUCGUCAAACCUCAGACUACUGUGUAUGUGCACAGUCAUUGCUGAACUUUCCACCCAUCCUGUAGGUCCCAGGUAUUUCUACAAUCUUGACUCCUGUAGUUUUGCAGUGAAUCUUGGUAUUGAAUAAAAUAAAGGCAUGGACUUGAACUUUUGGAAUAAGCUACUACUAUAGGAUGAGAAAACACACAAAAUGAGGCUUUAAUAAUUUUAAUUGAAAUAAUAAUAAUAAUAACUUUAAUUCUAUAAGAACCCCCAUGCACACCUUUCUACCAUACUUCCCUUAUUCUUGCUCCUGCUAGCUACUACCAUUUGAGUCUUUAUCUGAGGAAGCAUUUGGUCAAAGGUUGU